AAGAAACUGAAACCAGAGAGAGAAAGAUUGUCUUGCAACAAUGCCAAUUUGGCUCUCUAUUUCAUUAUUUCCAUUUACGAUAUGAUUUUUCUUUUGGCUAAACAAAGAAAAACAAAUUUCCUUUCUAUUUUUGCUAUCAUAUUUCUUUUCUGGGCAUUCAGCCAUUUUUCUCUUGUGGGUUCUUUUCGUUAUUGUUGGGUUCAGUUUGUUUUAAGUUUAUUUUCCUCGUUGUUAGACAAUGUGAUAGAGUCUGUGGAUUACAAUUACGAAUUUGAGGUAAAUUUUAUUUAUUGGUAUUUAUAUGAGAAAUUUUAACCAAUACCAAGAAGAUUGAUACACAUAGGAUUUGUUUUUGUAUAGAUAUGAAUUUUUAUUAGGAGAUAUCUCUGAUUUAUAUUUUUGAGAAGUUAGUACAGCAAUGAUUGAGAAGCAGGCCUCCUCAGGUGGGGUUAUUUCUAGGAAAUCUUUAUUGUGUUUGUUCUCUUCCAUAUUGUCCCUGUUCAUAUUAUCUUGGUUCUUCGUGUUGCGUUCAACGGGCCAACCUAACUUCAUUGAUCAUAGUUUGUUGGCGAAUCCAUUAAAUUCUCUAGUUGAAAGUGGUAAUUCCUUACCGAGAGAACAGAAUAGUGUUGAACCCUCAUUUGGAAAUCGAUCAAUCCUUGUGAAUGAUAAUGGAGGAGGAGGAGAAACACUUAGAGAGAAAGUUGAUGUGAAAAGUAUGGAAUAUAAUAUGGUUAAUAAUGAGAAUAGCAAAGAACCCCUUAAGGUUUUCAUGUACGAUUUGCCACCGGAGUUUCAUUUCGAACUCUUAGAUUGGAAAGCAGAGGGGGACAGUGUUUGGCCUGAUCUUAGAAGAAAAAUACCUACAUAUCCAGGUGGGUUGAACUUACAACACAGUAUAGAAUAUUGGCUUACAUUGGAUCUUCUUGCUUCGGAGAUUCCUAGCAUUCCUAGAGCUGGUAGUGCUAUAAGAGUGAGAAAUUCUAGUGAAGCUGAUGUUAUAUUUGUACCAUUCUUUUCUUCAUUAAGUUAUAAUCGAUAUUCAAAGGUAAAUCCACAUGAAAAGAAGAGCAAGAACAAAUUGUUGCAAGAGAAGCUAGUGAAGUUUGUGACAUCUCAAAGGGAAUGGAAGAAAUCGGGUGGGCGAGACCAUAUCAUCUUGGCUCACCAUCCAAAUAGCAUGUUAAAUGCAAGGAUGAAGCUAUGGCCUGCAAUGUUCAUACUUGCAGAUUUUGGGAGGUACCCUCCUCGUAUAGCCAAUGUUGACAAAGACAUUAUUGCACCUUACAAACAUGUAAUCAAAAGCUAUGCCAAUGACUUUUCUAACUUCGACAAUCGCCCAAUUUUGCUAUACUUUCAAGGAGCCAUAUACAGGAAAGAUGGUGGCUUCGUUCGGCAAGAAUUGUUUUACCUUCUAAAAGAUGAAAAAGAUGUGCAUUUUAAAUUUGGGAGUGUUCAGAAAAAUGGAAUCAACAGAGCUUCUGAGGGAAUGCACCACUCCAAAUUUUGCCUGAAUAUUGCAGGUGAUACCCCCUCAUCAAACCGUCUCUUCGAUGCCAUUGCCAGCCAUUGUGUUCCGGUGAUCGUAAGUGACGACAUUGAGCUCCCUUAUGAGGAUGUUCUUGACUAUUCUGAGUUCUGUGUAUUUGUUCGAACAUCAGAUGCUGUCAAAGAAAAGUUCCUCAUAAAUUUGAUAAGGGGUAUUGGGAAGGAUGAAUGGACCCGAAUGUGGCGGAAACUGAAAGAAGUGGAACAUUUCUUUGAUUUUCAGUAUCCAUCAAAGGAAGGUGAUGCAGUUCAAAUGAUAUGGCAGUCUGUGGCCAGAAAGGUCCCUGCCAUUAGAAUGAAGAUACACAAGUCUAUGAGAUACUCGAGAUAUAUUGUUAACAGCAAUGGAGAGUUGGGUAAAAUACAGACUCCUAGUAAUUUUUGGUGACAAAAAUGAAAACAAAGCAUUCUGUGUUUCUUGGCAAUGACGACCUUGAUCUUUACACGGCAUAUAUAGCAAAACGUUUUGCUGCUUAGGAAGGUGAGAGUUCAUUAUGUACUCACUACAACUACAAGUUUUGGAUGUAAAGGAAACAGAAAACAUAUAUAGUUUUGAAGCAUUUUUCUUCUAUGUAUACUAAAGGAUAUUCAAUUAUCCAUCACAACAUAUAUCUAUUUAUCCACUAAUAUCGUCUCCUUUA